AUGGAAAAUUCAAAUUUAACGCGUGAAGACAUACUUCGAUGGUUUAAAAGUCAAAAAAGCCCAAAGUUAUCAGAUACUUCAUUACAAGAUGCCAUCGAAGAUGGAUUUGGCGACUGGGAGAGUUCUGCUCGAGGCUUUGGAAUAUCCUAUAUCGUACUUGGAAGCUUAGCGAUUAUUUUAAAUUCAACGUUCCUAUACACGUUGAUGGCUAGAAAACGAACUACAUUUGCUCACACAUUCUACAUAAUGAUCUUAAAUUUUACUUUAAUUGACACCUUAAAAGGAAUUUGUUCAAUUUUAUUUGCAUUAAAAUUGCUCAAAUCUGAUAUGGGUACAACAGAUUCUUUAUGGACAAUACGAGUUGAUCAAUACAGCGGACUAUUAUUGAGAUUUUCUAAUUUGGCAACUAUACUCAACUUAUUAAUGAUAACAUUGAAUGAAUACAUCUUCAUAUGUCAUCCUUUACGCUAUUCAAGCCUAGUUACAAAAGGUCGUGUUGUUUUAUUUGUGAUUGUCACAUGGAUUAUAUCGUCAACAUUCACAUUGGCUAAUAUGGUAGCGGGGACAAUGAGUAAAAGCAUUAUGAUUGAUCAAGAAUGCACAAUUAAUGCCAAUAGUACAUCAUCAUGUGUAAUUAACAUAAACUCAUCAACAUCAUCACAUUUUGCUUAUCACGUCGGCUUAAUUGUCUUCUGUGCUGUCUGUUUUGCCAUAACAGCUUGUUCCUAUUUCAUUCUAUUACGAGUAAUAUCUUCUUUAGUACAAGCUGAUAUGAAACAAAAUGCAGAAUUUGAACAUUUAAAGACAGGAGAAGAGACGAAAGAACGUCAUGUAAUUCGAAGACACAAGUAUGUUGUGGUUAUUGGAAGCGUUAUCGUCGUCUACUCAGCAUACCUUAUGACGUAUGCUGUUAUUCAAAUCAUUCAUCUAGUUAACAUGUCACAAAAUUUUGCUACAAAUCGUCAAAAUAGCACCGUUUACGUGAAAUACGUGUGUUAUUUGUAUAUUUCAUUACAUUCCUUAUUACAACCAUUAUGCUAUUUACGAAUGAGAGAAUUUCGAGCAUUGCUUAAAAGGACCCUCUUCUGUGGACGAUUUCUACGACGAGAAUCAGUUAUCACUGAAAACUGUUAUGUAACAUCAGCCAGAAAUAAUUCAAAACAUACAUCUGUAUAA